GCCCCCAUUGCGAUGCCCUCCCUUCCUCAAAUCCGCGUUUCCAGCCCGCCGCUUCUCGUCUCUUUGCUGCCUGAAUAGCUGCCGUGGCUCCGUGUUGAGCAGAGCAGAGGUGGUGGUUGCAGAUAGUGCUGGAGGCCGGCCUCGCCGUCCGCUAGGGUCGUUCCCGCCUUCUAGGGUUGCCAGGACCGCCUGUCCUCCAGCCGCCUCCUCCACCAGUUAGUUAUACGGCAGAAAUGCUUGUGGCAGAGACAUCUACAGCAAAGAUGCUUAUGAUUUUCAGCUACUGAUGUUACAAACAAUAAAAUAUUGGAGCAUAGAACUGAAGAAAAAACUUAAACCAGAUUUUUCUUCUGUUAGUUAAAAAUAUGGAUCCUGAAGCAGGGGGACCACAGAUUAUCAAAGUGACACCUCUUCAACAAAUGCUUGCCUCUUGUACUGGAGCUGUACUGACAUCACUAAUAGUGACACCCCUUGAUGUUGUUAAAAUUCGACUCCAAGCCCAAAACAACCCAUUUUAUAAAGGAAAAUGCUUUGUAUAUAGUAAUGGACUUAUGGAUCAUCUAUGUGUCUGUGAAGAGGAAGGUAACAGAGCAUGGUAUAAGAAGCCAGGACGUUUCCAGGGAACAUUGGAUGCCUUUUUGAAAAUCAUUCGAAAUGAGGGUGUUAAAUCCCUGUGGAGUGGCCUUCCCCCUACCUUAGUGAUGGCAGUUCCUGCCACAGUUAUUUAUUUUACCUGCUAUGAUCAAUUAACUGCUCUUCUCAAAUCUAAGUUAGAAGAAAAUGAAAGCUGCAUACCAAUUAUUGCUGGAAUUGUGGCUAGGUUUGGUGCAGUAACUGUGAUAAGUCCAUUAGAACUGAUUAGAACCAAGAUGCAAUCUAAGAAGUUUUCUUACAAGGAACUGCAUCGAUUUGUCAGCAAGAAAGUAUCUGAAGAUGGUUGGAUUUCCCUUUGGAGGGGCUGGGCUCCUACUGUUCUUAGAGAUGUACCAUUCUCAGCAAUGUACUGGUAUAACUAUGAAGUUUUAAAGAAAUGGUUUUGUGUGAAAUCUGGUUUGUAUGAACCAACAUUUAUGAUCAACUUUACUUCAGGGGCAUUGUCUGGUUCUUUGGCAGCUGUUGCAACUUUGCCAUUUGAUGUGGUAAAAACACAAAAGCAGACACAACUUUGGAUACAUGAAAGUCAUAAAAUUUCUACGCCUUUGCGUAUGUCAACCUGGGCUAUAAUGAAGAACAUUGUUGCUGAGAGUGGAUUUUCUGGAUUAUUUACAGGCCUAAUUCCCCGUUUAAUUAAAAUUGCUCCUGCUUGUGCUGUUAUGAUCAGUACCUAUGAAUUUGGAAAAGCUUUUUUCCAGAAACAAAAUGCUCGAAGACAGCAAAACUAGUAAUGCUGUUUCAACUUGAAAUAACAGCCACAGCCAAAUAAGUUGGAGACUCUUAGGCAAGAACUUUUUUCACCAUUAUCUUACAAUAAUUUUGCAUCUUUCUUUCGUAUAAUUUGAAUAGCAAUUUCUACUUUACUUCUAAAUCACAGUCCUAAUUUUAAAGUAAAUUUUGGUGUCUUAACUUUUAUCCUAAUACUCCAGAAAUCACAACCAUUGAGCUUUCUUAUAAAGAAAAGAAAAAUUAUUCCUUAGCACUUAAAGCAGUAAUCUCUGAGAGUUUGAUACUGUGGGUUUCAGUGUAAGUUAAUCUCAGUGUGGGAGUAUGUCAGAUCCAUCAGAACGUUUUGAAUUGUGUGCUGAGUGAUGUACAGAAUCUACAAGAAAAAUGCCCAAGUCUCAUACACAUUUAAAUCGUGUACAUAAAUAUUUAAGUUGUUUCAGCAAAGUGGAUAAUAGAAGGCAGUCUUUAAAUAACAUUAUUCACAUUUAUCAAAUAUUACCUAUUAGUUUUCUUUAAUUCAAAUGCAUAGGUUUUUUUUUUAAACCCAUAUUUUAAGGUCUCACAUGUAUUAGGAUUUCUCCGAUCAAAGGUAUGUCUGUUUUAUCUUUAUGAACCAAAAAAUCAUUUGUGUGAUGUAGAUGCUGCUAUUUUUGAUGACUAAAAACCCUGUAUUAUCUGCUGUUUCUGCAAGAGGAGAGAGGGAGUUUUUACUUAUUGUAUUAAAUGUUCGCUUUAGUCAAACUUGGGUACGCAGUGGACAACCACAUUGUUUUCAGACUAGUGAAAAUAGUGUUUCAGCAUAGGAAGGCCCUCUGGUCUCAGCCGCCUGGUAAUUCAAGUAUCACUGUUGGUGGAGUUCUCAUCUCACGUUAGCACGCUAGACCAAGAGGCUAAACAGGCAGCAGUUUCCUUAAAGAAAAAGCUUUCAGUCACUGUAGACCAACAGAUAGGUAAUUUAGCUUAUGGCUGUAGGAAUGAAAUAAAAAGGAUAUGAUGGCAGGACAAGAAAUGAUAUUCUUUUUUUAUAUUUGAUUUUCUCAGGAUCUAUAUCUUGUAAGGAAAAGCACUUUAUUGCAGGCUAUGUGUAUUUUAUGAAGAUGUGAAGCCUUUUUCCCCCUAAAAUAGAGUAAUAUAUUUAGGUGACAAAUCUUCUCUAGUGUGGGUAGAGAAAUUGAUGUGUUUUGUAUUAUAGUAGCAAAGUGUUUCUAUGUGUCACCAGAAAUAAACUAUAUAAGGUUUAUAUGUAA